UUCCCUCCCUUUCCCGCCAUUUCUGUCUUUGCCUGUCUCUCACAAGCCAUCACAGCUUUCUUGAGAUUCCUGGCUAAUAUUCAUCUUCUUUCUUCUCCAUCUGAUAUCAGAAACGCCAUCUAUUCCAGUGAAUUUUAAGAAUCUGAGUGUGAAGUAUAGUGAAUUAGAAGGAGCAGUGUGAUCGAAUUGUGUAUUUUAUCAGUAUUGUAACAUCUUCAGUAGACGAACAUUAUGCGUGAGUGUAUCUCAGUCCACGUCGGCCAAGCAGGAGUGCAGAUCGGCAAUGCAUGUUGGGAGUUGUACUGCCUGGAGCAUGGUAUCCAGUCUGAUGGUCUAAUCAAUAACGAGACGAUUGAGAAUCGGCGCGGAGAUGAUUCCUUCAGCACGUUCUUCAGUGAGACGUCGAAGGGCAAGCAUGUUCCUCGAGCCGUGUUCGUCGACCUCGAACCCACUGUGGUCGAUGAGAUUCGCCAUGGAUCGUACAAGAAACUGUUUCAUCCCGAGCAGAUGAUCACCGGCAAGGAGGAUGCUGCCAACAACUAUGCCCGUGGUCACUACACGGUUGGUAAGGAGAUCAUUGACAUCGUCCUCGACAGGAUCAGAAAACUGGCUGAUAUGUGCACAGGCCUACAAGGAUUCCUCAUCUUUCAUAGUUUCGGAGGCGGCACCGGGUCAGGUUUCGCCUCUCUCUUGAUGGAACGUCUCUCGGUCGACUAUGGUAAGAAGUCUAAGCUACAAUUCGCUAUCUACCCAGCCCCUCAGGUCUCAACCGCAGUUGUCGAGCCGUACAACGCUGUCUUGACCACGCAUAACACCCUCGAGCACUCCGACUGCGCCUUCAUGGUUGACAACGAAGCUAUUUACGAUAUAUGUCGUACUAAUCUCGACAUCGAGCGCCCCUCCUACACCAACCUCAACCGUCUCAUUGGACAAAUCGUUUCUUCCAUUACGGCGUCUCUGCGGUUCGAUGGCGCCCUCAAUGUUGACCUGACGGAGUUCCAGACCAAUCUGGUGCCAUAUCCUCGGAUCCACUUCCCGCUGGCCACGUAUGCUCCUGUGAUCUCAACAACGAAAGCUGUCCACGAGCAGCUCACAGUGGCAGAGAUCACCAAUGCUUGCUUUCAGCCUAACCAACAGAUGGUGAAGUGUGAUCCUCGUCGUGGCAAGUACAUGGCCUGUUGCCUUCUCUACCGUGGGGAUGUGGUCCCUAAGGAUGUCAAUUCCGCCAUAGCAAUCAUCAAGACAAAGAGCAACAUCCAGUUCGUCGACUGGUGUCCAACUGGCUUCAAGGUUGGUAUCAACUACCAGCCACCCACCGUCGUCCCUGGUGGUGAUCUUGCCAAGGUUCAGCGUGCGGUUUGCAUGUUGAGCAACACCACUGCCAUCGCCGAGGCCUGGGCUCGUCUCGACCACAAGUUCGAUCUGAUGUACGCCAAGCGUGCCUUUGUUCACUGGUACGUGAGCGAGGGGAUGGAGGAAGGAGAGUUUGCUGAAGCUAGGGAGGAUCUAGCAGCUCUGGAGAAGGAUUAUGAAGAAGUUGGCGUAGACUCUGGUACAGGAGAGGAUGGAGAGGAAGACGAUGAGCUUUAGAAUGAUCAUAUCACUCCCCAAAGAAUACAUGCAUGAGCUCGCUUAACAACAUGAUUAGGCUGAUUAAUGAAAAUUGAAACAGUUAAUGGCAAAAUAAAUUUAUUUGUCAUUAAAACCCAAACAACGUUUUUUAUUUUGUUAACUCGUAGUAAAUAUGAUGAUAUUAAUCGUGAAUUGUAUUUAGGGUAUUGGAGUCACCAAUAAAUCAAUCCACAUUCUAAUUUUCCAUUUUAAAUUUGGAAUUUCUGACACAUUAAUUAAUCAGGAGUGACUUACGGUAAGUAUGAUGAUGUUGUAAAUGAAACUAUAACUUGAUGCAUGUUACUUUGCAGUGUGAUUGUCAUUCAGUGUAUGAUCUACAUAUUGUUGGAUCAGUAUGAAAAAGUGAAGUGAUCUCUUUGUACGGACUUCUAUUCCAUGUUUGUUUUUGCUGCUUUACGAGUACUGUAUAUCUACAUGUGUGUAUAUUAUUUGAAUUCCCUCUCAAUUUGCCAAUAUCAGAGAUGCCAUUUUAUCUGUUAUCACACAUUACCAUAGUACGAUGCAGUCUAAGAGGGUACCACAAAGUUCGACUGGUACAUUUGAAUUGUUUCUGUGUUCUUGAUAUAUUUGCCUUUAAAUAUGGCGAUUAUUCCUGCGAUCUUAAUUCACCAAAAUCAAUAAAGGUAUUGUAUUAUGUCUUCCA